CACUUGGUCGCAGUUUGGUGUUGUGUUUUAGCGUGUCAAGUUUUUGGUGCCGUUGCCGGGGACCUCUAGGUUAUUGUAGAAACGUGAAAGUCUGUUACUUUAGCGUUUUUCUUUUUUUUUCCAUCCAUGCUUUUCACUUGGGCGUUAUGUUUUUGUUGAUGCACAUCUGAAACAUGGAUCCUCAUGGCUUCGCCAACCAUUGGGGGUAUCAACCACCAUCCGUGUGGUAUUACCCUGAGACUUCAUGGAGCAAUCAAGGAGGAGAAGACUAUGGAUUCGGAUGUCGGUACCAACCCCCCUACUACGCAGAACAACCAAACCCUUGGUAACCUCAAGAACAAUAUCCUUUUCAAUAAGAAUUCUUGCCACAACCAAAAUGGUUAUCUUAGUUGGAGUUAGCCAUGGAGGCCUUCACGGGCCACUCUGCAGAGGCAUACUACACUCCACUGGCAGAUCCGAGCAAACAAUUGAGGCUUCUCGUGGAGAGCAGUUUGCUCGAGACACUGAGAGAUCAUGCUCCAAGAUGGAUCUUCAAAUCUAAGCCCUUGCCCCUUCCGAUCCCUCAUUUCUCCAUGAAAUGGAGGAGGCUGUUCAGUGCUCAGCGAAGCAAACAGAGUGGGUGGAGCAAGUUUGCGCACAGCCUGCUCAUGAUCACCUUUCUGCUACCACACUAGAAGAGGUGGAGGAUGACGAAGGCUACGGGGACGUUGAGGAGCAUACAGAAGUUAUCACAGACAACUCCCUUGAUAAUCAUGAUAAGGAAAGUCCUCUGGUGGCAGAUCACACCUUUCCUCAUUUCUGCUCUAACAUGUUGGGCCCAUGCAAGGAGAUGCAAGAUGAUCCCAUUGAAGAAAUUGCUUGGCGACUUGCUCUCCAAUCUGUUCGGGAAGAAGAAAGAAGUUGUGGAGGAUGAGGAAGAAAGCGUAGUUCUUGAUCUUUUCCAAGGGGAGAGACCACAUUUUGAAGAAGGAAGGGGGGUUGAGGAAGCAAUUGGCGUCCAGGCUGAGGAUGAAGUUGAGGUGGAAGAGGCUUACACCGGCCCUAUGUUACAUGUGAUAUCUCCACCAAACUUCGAGGAGCUGCUUGGAAAGGACCCAUUUGUAGUGUCUCUUUGCCAUACCAAGACCACAUCAACAUCAAUCCCUCUUGGUGGAUGCGAUGGUGGUCAAUCGAUGAUAUCUUAUCUAGUUUGGGGCAAUGAGACAAGAGCAGACGCGGAGGAGAGGUCUCGAGAGUGGAGACUUCAUCUUACUCAAGGCCACGAGCCAUCUUCAUCAUCUAUCACAUCACCUGAUUGUGACUUGGGACUCCACAUCAUCGACGAGAAUCUCAACUUCAAGGAGGCUCUGGGGUGGACAGAUACUUAGGAGUCACCGUCCAGAUAAGACGUAAAAGAAGAGCUUGUGGGGAGGCAACCCCACCAAGGUUUGUUUUCCUUUAGUUUGUUUUCGGUUUGUCCACUUGGACUUAUGGUUUCUAUCACCCAGUGUGUUUUGAUGACUCUAGCCCUGCUAACUGGUCUCAUUUCCCGUCCCCCGGCAGUCCGUUUUCCCGGUAACAUUGUUUCCCCUUAUCUUUCCCUCUACUCCAUUGAGGGUAAUGUCGUGCUUAAGUGUGUGUGUGUGUAGGGAGGGGGGUGUUUAUCUAUUUUUGACUGCUAGAUGAGUAUGUGUGUGUGGAGCCUAGUCCACUGUCCAAUUUUAUGAAUUGAGGGCUCCAAGUACUGUUCCUUGCAAAACCCUGCUAAGUAUGCUUUGAAUUGACAGUCUUUAUGGUGAUAUGCAACCUAGGGAGGUAGUUGUAGCACUAUGGAGGAUGUUGAAGUAUAAGAUUUUUCCUAUCUAUCUCUCUGUUGUGCCAGUUGAUUUUGUGAACUGUUGGAUUUAGGACCGUUGAUUCAUGUGGUAUUGAUGACUCCUCCUAUAUUGUGUUGUGGAUUCGUACCGAAACAAGGUGCUCAUAUGUGAAAUGAAAAAGCAGUUGGUCCUCCAUGUCAAAAAUUUGAAAUUUUAAGACAUGGGGUAAGCCCAAUGUGUGUGGCACCGUUCAUUGCACAAAAGCGGGUUUUGGAAGAGAUUUUAGUGAUCCUUAGUGGGAUGUACCCCUACAAGGUGAAGCUAAGCCAUCUCUAGUACAAGUAAUUUUUCCACCUGUUGAACGAUUUGUCUACUUGAGGAUGUGUUUUUAAGGGCACUGAUAGAGCUUCCGACACCCCUUAAUUUCAUUGACCCUCCACACAAAGUGAGGAAUAGGAGUUAAAAGAAGUACUCCGGCGAACGAUAGAUGUACAGAAAUUGCUCUUGCUCACAUAAUAAGGGUCGACCGCGCAUAAAAACUGCUGCUGGAACCCCAACAAAGUAAAAAAAACAAAUAGUAAGAAGAAGGGGUUCCAACAAGUGAAAUGAAAUGAAAGAGAACCCGAUACAAUGAGUCAUUGGUUGUUGAAUUGUGUGAGUCUCCUUAUCCAUGAACUGACUGUCUUAGUUCCACUGCUUCUCAUGAUCCUGGCUUGAGUCUAGCACUCGCAUUGAGAGAGAUAGGGGGCGUCUUAGAAGACCAGUUGACCUUGUAAGUUGCUAAAUGAUCUAGAAAAUCCUCUGCCUACGAUCGGGGUUGCAUGUUGCUAUGGAGGUCUGAAGAGCUGCAUUGGUUUAAGUCAGGUUUGCAUGGGGACAAGCAAAAGGUUAAGUGUGGGGGAAUAGGAUGACUUGAUAUAUACACAUGUUUUUUCCCACCAUUCUUAUACCAUUUGAGUCUUAUUUCUCGUAUUUUAGGCCGAUUUCACGCUAGGUUUUUCUUGUUUGUGAUAUUUCAGGUCCUAGUACGUGAAUGAAGGUUUGGGAAUGAGUUUGGGGUCGAUUGGACGAAGAUUGGACGUUCGGAGAGAAGCUGAUGAAACCACACGGGCACGCCUAAAAUUCCACAUGGCUGUGUGACUUGGCCGUGUGGCACCACUUUGCACGGGCAAAUCGCACUGGUCGUGUAAUGGACCCCUUGUGGCCGUGUGGGAUGUCCAGAGAGUUCACACGGGCAUACCUAAAUUCCACACGGCCGUGUGGUUUUGGCCGUGUUGCGUGCCUGGAGUCACUAAAUCGAACGAGCCGUUUUGGAGAGACACACAGGCAGACUGGGAUUCCACACGGCCGUGUAGUCGGCCAGAGUUGGGUUUUAACCUAAUUUCGGGUCUUUUGAGAGGGGGAUCGAUUUUCAAAGUUAGAAACAGAGUCCUAGAGAGAGAAAGUGCGAAGAACAAACCCUAGGAGUGAUUUUGGAGCUGGGUUUCAUCAAUCAAGCUUGGAUUCAUCC